AUGACUCAAAGGAAGUUCACCAAUGAUUUGUUGAAGGAAUAUGACUGCUUAGGCUACACUACUGUGUCAUCUCCUCUUGAUUCCACAUUCAAGUUGAAGGCUGGAGAAGGAGCGUUACUCUCAGAUCCAAUGUACUACAGAAAGGUUGUUGGAAAGCUCAAUUUCCUCUCCAACACAAGAUUGGACGUAGCAUACAGUGUCCAACACCUGAGCCAGUUUAGGCAAGCCCCUGGGGAGCCAUAUCUGAAGGCUGCUCUGCAUGUCCUAAGGAAGUCGGUUAGUGGCUACAUUGUCUUACUUGGUGAUAGCCCCAUUAGCUGGAAGUCCAAGAAGCAGAGUACAAUAUCACUUUCCUCUGCUGAAGCAGAGUACAGGUCAAUAAGGAAAGUGGUAGGAGAAUUAGUGUGGGUAAAAAUGUUAGAUGGAAGAACUGGCAGUGAUUUGUCAUGA